AAGAGGGGAGAAGAUCUUGUCAUUUCCCUGGACACAGAAAACUGAAACCUGAUACUCUUGUCACUGAGAGAGGCAGGGAGAGAAUGGGGAAGUGAGAAAGAAGGAAGGAGGGGGAAGGAAGUUGUGGGAGGUCACAGAAUCCCUGGGGCCCACAGAAGCACUGGACACAGCUGUAACAUUUCAGAUGCAGGUGAAGAAUUCCUUGGCUAGAGUCUGAGGAGGUAUCUGAGGACUUAAUGAAAUUGAAGAGGUUCUUCAAAAGUCCCACUCUGAUUCUGGGGGGAAGACUCCUACUAUAACUGCAUUACUGGGGCGUCCCAAUGUCCAUGGUUGGCCCAUCCAGGCCGCCGGCCCUGCUGUCCCUGCUUUUGGUGGUGGCGGUAUCUUUUUUCUGCUCCGCCAUACCCAUAGACGAUAUACGGAAUCGGCUGUUAGUAAAAGAGAAGAAGAUGCAGUUGGGGGGGCAGCUGGUUCUGAAGAAACAAGAGAUGAAGGCCAACGAGAAGCUCAUGGCCCUCAAAAACGCCGAGAUAACUGAAGCCAUGAAGACCCAGAAGUUCCCACCCAGCAUGCACUUCUUCCAGGCCAAGAGCCUCAUUGAAAAAAGCCAGGUGUUCGCUAUCCUGAAGAAGAUGCCAAAAGGGGCCGCCUUACAUGUCCAUGACUUCAGCAUCCUGAGUGGGGACUGGCUGUUGAAAAAUGUCACCUACAGGCCCUACUGCCAUUUCUGUAUCACCCCAAAGGGGGCCAUCCAGUUCAAAUUUGCUCACCCCACUCCUCCCACACCUAAGCCGACAGAAUGUUCAGAGUGGGUUUUGCUGGAGAAAUAUCGGAAACAGUUACAGAAUGUCACGGAGUUUGACGACAGGCUGCUGAAGAAUUUCACUCUGAUGACUGAGAACCCGGAGCUGGUGUAUGCAAACCAAGAUGCCAUUUGGUCCAAGUUUGAAAGCAUCUUCUUCACAAUCUCCGGCCUGGUCCAUUAUGCACCGGUGUUCAAAGACUAUAUCUUCCAGUGUCUGCAGGAGUUCUACCAGGACAAUGUGUUCUAUCUGGAGCUCAGAGCCACGUUCUUCCCGGUGUAUGAAGUGGACGGCACAGUACACAGCAGAGAGUGGGUGGUGGAGACUUACAGGAGCAUGGCUUAUGAGUUUGCCAAAGAUCAUCCUGGAUUUGUUGGAAUGAAAAUCAUUUACACAGAUCACAGAACCAAGAAUGUGUCUCUCAUUGCACAGUCUGUCAAAGAAGCCAUGAAGCUCCAGGCCCAGUUUCCCAAGACGAUGGUGGGCUUUGACCUGGUGGGGCGUGAGGAUACUGGCCACAGCCUGCAUGACUACCAGGAGGCUUUGCUGAUACCAACCUUGCAAGGCACCAAACUACCGUACUUUUUCCAUGCUGGAGAGACAGACUGGCAGGGUACUUCUGCAGACACAAACCUUCUGGAUGCCCUAGUGUUCAACUCCACCAGGAUUGGCCAUGGAUUUGCUUUGGGCAAACACCCAGCAGUCAUGGAAUACUUCCGGAAAAACGACAUUCCCAUAGAGGUCUGUCCCAUCUCCAACCAGGUUCUGAAACUGGUGUCUGACCUGAGAAACCACCCUGCAGCAGCUCUGAUGGCCAGCGGGCACCCCAUGGUGAUCAGCUCAGAUGACCCAGGCAUCUUUGGCUCCAAAGGCUUGUCCUAUGAUUUCUAUGAGGCCUUCAUGGGCAUCGGGGGCAUGAAGGCUGACCUGAAGACCCUCAAGCAGUUGGCCAUAAACUCCAUCAAGUACAGCACCCUGUCGCAAACGGACAAAAUGGAUUUCAUGCAGGCGUGGGAGGAGAGAUGGAAUAAAUUUAUAGAUGACCUGUCCAAGAGGCCAUAGGGAGGUGAAAACAGCUCUCAAUCACAAGUGCACAAGAAUAACCCUCCACUUUCUCUUAUUCUCAAGUCCAUUCCAUUGUAGUCUCCACCUCCAUCUCGUCAUGAAAACUGACCUUAUAAAGGUCAUCCAUGGCUUCCAUAUUGCUUGACCACUCAAAAACACUAGACCAAACUCAUCUUUUUGAAAUAUUCUUCUCUCUCAACCUCAUGACAACUCUCUUGGCUUUCUCCUCUCUCUCUGGACAUUGCUUUGGGGUUUCCUUUCCCAGAUCCUCCUUCUGUAUCUGAUCUCUGUGUUGGAUUUCCUCAGGGCUCAUUCUGGGACUGUCUUCUCAUUUCUUCUCUUCUCUCCUCUUCUUUUUUCCUCUCUUCUCACUCUAUACUCUUUUCCUAGGUAGUCUCACUCAUUUCCCUGCUUUUAAAUGCCAUUUAUUUGCUGAGGAUUCCCACACUUAUUUAUUCACUCUGAUGGCUCAUGGGAAUCUCAGAGACCUACUAUGUGCAAUUCUGAACUCUCAAUCUCUUCCCUUCAAAAGAAUAGUCUCUUCAACAAAUGGUGCUGGGAAAACUGGAUAUCCACACACAAAAGAAAUUGGACCCCUACCUCACACCGUAUGCAAAAAUUAAAUCAA